AUGAUUAACAGUUUACAAAGUUUUUCUGAUGAAUUAAUAUUGAUGAUUCUUUAUCAUCUUAAACAAGAUAAUCAUCUUGAUUUGGCACCAAUAGCAAAUACCUGUCGACGAUUUCAAAGAUUAGUGAGUGAUUAUUCAUUAUGGGACAUGAUGAUUAUGAUGGAUACUUCCUCAUUAACAUCAGAACAAUUGGUUUUCCUACCGAUCAUGCCGUCACACAAGAGUCAUAGUGGCAAAGAGAUAAUCAUGGUGGAUCCAUAUACUACUGGUAUCUUGGCACUUCACACUAUACUAAAACGACAUGAUAAUAAUAUACUCCUUGAUGUCUCUCUCUAUACCAACGAUCCAUCUAGUUAUUGGUCAAUGUUGACUAGACAAUAUGAUGAUUAUAAUAGUACUUUCAAAUCUAUCUCAAUUACAGAACUUCCUCCAUCAUCAUCACCUUCAUCAUCAUCAUCAUCAUCAGUGACAUUUUCAUGCACAAGCACUAAAAGUGGGGAUGAUAGUAUACAUCUAAUGUCAGAUAGCCAUCAUGUCGAUCCUUUUAUGUACAGUUUCCUAAGCAAGGUGUGCCCUCAUUUAGAAAUGUUUACUUUUCCCAUGUUAUCCUUGCAUAAAUUAAUUGCUACUUCACUUGUAUUUCCUCAACUCCAUACACUCAAUGUAGCUUUGCCAUCAGCAACAACACAGGAUGACACUAAUAAUACAUUGGACUGGUCUAAAGUAAAACACACCUUUCCUAAUCUUCAACAUUUAACACUUCAUCCUAUUUCUGAUCAUCAGUUGGAAGGAUUUUGGAAAAAUAUUCGGUUACUUUGGACCACACCAACUCUGUUUCCAUGGUUGCACUCCAUGACAAUACAAUCCAACUCCUCAUCUUCCCUUGCAUAUCCCCUGCCGUCAUCCUCUCUUGUCAAUACUCCUAAUGAUUCCACAAAUAAUAAUAAUAGUAUCACUAAAGAUGAAAUCAUCGCCACCCUUUCACGUUUAAAUGGUUUGAUACGUAUAGAUACUGGUUGUUGGGACAUCAUCGCCGUAGAUCAUGUUUAA